AUGAAGAAGAUCCUGGAAUACAAGGAAAUCCCCCAAGAAGGUCACUGGGAAGAACAAAGCAGCUUGGAACAGCUUGAUCGUAGUGGUUCGGGAGCUUCCAGGGCCCUCCGAACUUUUUGGGAAGUUGAGAAUCUCUGCUCUGAGCCUAAGGAAGCUGGGAGUCUCUGCUCUGAGCCUGAGGAAGUUGAGAGUCUCUGUUCUGAGCCUGAGGAAGCUGGGAGUCUCUGCUCUGAGCCUGAGGAAGUUGAGAGUCUCUGCUCUGAGCCUGGGGAAGCUGGGAGACUCUGCUCUGAGCCAGAGGGAGCUGGGAGUCUCUGUUCUGAGCCUGAGGGAGCUGGGAGUCUCUGUUCUGAGCCUGAGGGAGCUGGGAAUCGGUGCUCUGAGCAGGAAGGAGCUGGGAGUCACUGCUCUGAGCCUGAGAGAGCUGGGAGUCUCUGCUCUGAGUCUAAGGGAGCUGGGAGUCUCUGCUCUGAACCUGAGAGAGCUAGGAGUCUGUGUUCUGGGCUUGAAGGAGCUGGGAGUCUGUGUUCUGAGUCUGAGGGAGCUGGGAGUCACUGCUCUGAGCCUGAGGGAGCUGGGAGUCACUGUUCUGAGCCUGAGGGAGCUGGGAGUCACUGUUCUGAGCCUGAGGGACCUGGGAGUCACUGUUCUGAGCCUGAGGGAGCUGGGAGUCACUGUUCUGAGCCUGAGGGACCUGGGAGUCACUGUUCUGAGCCUGAGGGACCUGGGAGUCACUGUUCUGAGCCUGAGGGACCUGGGAGUCACUGUUCUGAGCCUGAGGGAGCUGGGAGUCACUGCUCUGAGCCUAGAGCCUGGGAAGAACAGCCGCUGGGAACGAAAUAG